AGCAGGGGAAUACCAUUCCUCGUGCUUUCAUCAACAAGAAGUUGUUUGCCAAUUACUUUCAGGCCUUUCACGCUUCCGAUCGUAACGUGCCGGGUUCUUCUUCUCCCCUUUAUUUAAGAAAAUAAACAACAGUAGAAAGUGUGGAAUUCGGAAGCAGGGGAUUAUCAUUCCCCGUGCUUUCAUCACAAGAAGUGUUUUGCCAAUUACUUUGAGGCUUUUCACGCUUCUGAUCAUAACCCAAUUUCUCAAUUCAUGAGAUCCGAUAAUCAGUCCCUCUAAAGUUUCUGUCCUCUGUCCUGUCGUUUACGGGUAAACAUGUUCUCCAAGAAGAUGGAACAUGAGGAAGCCUCCAUUUUGCAAUUGCAAAACCAGAAGGAUGUUGAGAUGAUAGUAUCAUCUGAAGAAAAUGCCAUUCUUCCUGCUACAGCACAUUUAUCUUGCAAUUCUGUUUGUGCCUUCUCCAAACAAGAAAAUGAUACUCUUGAAUCCGAAGAACGAUCAAAGUCAGCUGUAAAACUUGUGGGGCUUAUAAUUUUCUAUUUACUAGUCAUGACAGUAGAAAUCGUCGGUGGCUUGAAAGCCAACAGCCUUGCAGUUAUUACAGAUGCAGCCCAUUUGCUGACUGAUGUUGCUGGAUUCUGUGUCUCUCUUUUCGCAGUGUGGGCUUCGGGUUGGGAGGCAACAUCACAACAGUCAUUCGGAUUUAACCGCCUUGAAGUUUUAGGUGCCCUUCUAUCAGUGCAGCUUAUAUGGAUAGUCUCUGUCAUCUUAAUCUAUGAAGCAGUUGACAAAAUUAUUCACAGAAGCUCUGAGGUAAAUGGAGGACUAAUGUUUGCAAUUGCAGCCUUCGGAUUCAUUGUUAACUUAAUCAUGGUUGUAUGGCUAGGUCAUGAUCACUCUCAUCAUGCUUCUCAUGUUCAUAAUCAUGAUCACAUUCACAAUCACAAGGAUGGGGAUUUAUGUCCAGGAAACGAAGAGGAGGGAACUGGACUGGUAUUAAGUUCUCCUGAAAAAAGAAAAAUAUUAAACAUAAAUAUUCAAGGAGCUUACUUACAUGUCAUGGCUGACCUAAUUCAAACUGUAGGCGUAAUGGUUGCUGGAGUAAUUAUUUGGUUAAAGCCUGAAUGGUUGGUAGUUGAUCUGAUAUGCACUCUUAUUUUCUCUGGUUUUGUUCUGUAUUCUACAAUACCGAUGCUUAGGGAUGUAUAUGGCAUUCUGAUGGAGAGGACACCUUGUGAGAUCAACAUUGGCAAGGUGGAGUGUGGUCUGAAAUCCAUAAAAGGAGUUCAAGACAUUCAUGACUUGCAUAUUUGGGCUAUCACAGUAGGGAAGUUGGUUUUAUCUUGCCAUGUUGUGGCUGAGCCUGGAAUCAGCUCUACUGAAAUACUUAACAGGAUUAACGAUUACUGCAAAAAAACAUACAGGAUUCGUCAUGUAACUGUACAAAUCGAGCAGUAAGUUAAAGAUUUACAAAACAGAGCUUUUGUUCCGCGCUUCUCAUC